AUGUCCAAGCGGAGUUGGCAAGAGGCCGAACUGCCAUCCCCACGCUCUGCUCCGGGUCCCAGUCCGCAGAGAGCAACCUCCACGACGUCUUCUCACACCUACAACUCUCCUGCGCAAUCCACAUCUCCCAAGAAACCUCGCAAUUCCUUCGACGAGCCUAGCCUUGUUGCCAAAGCCCCGUCCCGUCCGCAACGGACGAAUUCCACCACCAAUGGAGCCGCAGUCGACGCCAAGUUGCCCGGGAUCUCGAGAAAGGUCAAGGCGUGUGCAGCAUGCCGCAAGCAAAAAAUCAAGUGUAUCAUGAUCGGUGACCCGCCUUGUCAACGAUGCAAGGAAAGGGGAUUAUCAUGUCGCCUCAACAAAAGCCUGCAAACCCUGAUGUCGGAAGAUUCAAAAUGGAAAGCCGCCGUCACCAAGGAUGUCACAUCUCUGUAUGCGGCUGUCGAGGAGAUUGUGCGAACACUGCAGCUGCCAUCUCUGCCGCAAAUGCUCGUCUCCACCCAGGACCCUGCCAUCUUCUUCGACCAGGAGGAACAGGGCAAUGAUCCUGAUGACGAGGACCAGUCUUUUGACAAUUCGCCAAAGGUGACCCCGGUUGCCGACAACCUGUCACAUGUACCCAUUGAAUCGCUGUAUCAGAUCACUGGGAUGCGAUCCCUGAGAGCUUCUGAGAACAUCACCGAAGAUCAGUCCCGAAUAUGCAAACAACUGCGGGAUACUGACUUUAUUGCAAGGGGUUUGGUAAAGCAAGAAGAUGCAGAACACCUAGUCAACUACUAUCGCAGCAAGCUUGACCCCUAUAUAUGGCAUAUAUGUCCUGACUAUUCGGAUUUGGAGUCUUUCCGACGCCGGUCACCAACUCUGACUGCAUGUGUUCUGACAGUGGCCGCCCUUCAUGACACGAAGCUUGGUCACCUAUACUCUAUUUGCAGCAAAGAAUACAGACGAUUAGUCGCCAAUGCCAUGUUCGAGCGGAAAAUUGACAUGGAGUAUCUGCGAGCCUUGGUUCUCGGCUCGUACUGGUUGAGCGACAUUUCAUGGACUUUAUCUGGUUAUGCCAUCCGCCGUGCCAGCGAAUUCCACCUUCGGCAGUACUAUCAUGAGAUUUCCGAGUCGGUCAGAUCGCCGGAAAAGGCUGAUCCGGCAAAAUUGCAGGAAGCCAUGGACGGCAUAAGAGUCCUUUACCUGCUCUAUAUAUGUGACCACCACCUGUCCAUUCUCUACGGCCGGUCGUCCAUCAUGCGUGACAACGAAAGCUACAUUACCGGUUGGGAAGCCUACCUAGCCUGCUCAUUGUCCACGGAUGCCGACCGCAGGAUUGCCGGGCAGAUCUGCCUGAUGUACCUGAUGAACCAAAUACGAGAGACCCUGGGGCCUGAGGAUACCAGCUCGGUGUUGCCGGUCUCUGCUCUAACCAAGAUUGCCGGCUUUGAGCGCGAUUUGGAUGAUUGGAUUGCCCGGUUCUCGAGACACAAUCCAAGUCAAUACAUUGGCAACUGGCCCAACAAGGGUGCAGUCAUGCAUUAUCACUGGGCCAAGCUCUAUCUGCAGUCGUAUGUCCUUCGAGGUCUGCCCGAGUCUGGAGCUGUUAUCCCCGAGCACUUUUUGGAGAACGCGUCCGCGGCGGUCGCUGCCGCAACUGCCAUCAUCAACCUCCUCUUGGAUGACAAAGAUGCGCAGAUAGCUAUUGCCUAUGUUCCACACCAUGUCCACGGCAUGAUCGCAUUUGCAUGCAUGUUCCUUUUGAAAAUCGCGACAAAGCACAGCGAGCAGCUGUUCUUGGACACCGUUCGAUUUCAAAGGCUCAUCAACGCCCUGGCACAGCAUUUCAAGUCGACAGACGUUGGCAAAGAUCAUUUGAUCCACAGAAUGGCCGACGGACUCGAGAAAAUGGCGGAGAGCCUAGGGGGGCCAGCACGGUCCAAGAACCGUGUUAGGACUAAUGGGGAGCGUCCAAGCCAGCCGUUAGCAUCCCCAAGUCAAGCUGUCGAUGCGACGGUGAACCUGGGAAGGGUCACAAACGGGCAAUCGGACGUGCCUGACUAUGCCUCGCUGGACCCAGCAGCCUUCGAUUUCGGAGAUCCUGCUUUGGGGUUGGGCAUGCCGUUCUUCGAUUUCGAAGGGACGACGCUGGAUGCAGGACAAGCAAUGUGGACGUUCACUUAG